AUGGAGGAUCAGCUGGUGCAGCUGCUGGCAAACACCCAGCUGGCUGCCGAGGGGCCGCGGAAGCAGGCAGAGAUCGAGCUCAAGCACGCGCAGACGAACCCCAUCUUCCCGCUGUCGCUGGCCAACAUCGCCGCACACACGUCCAUCUCGACGGACAUCCGCCAGUCCGCCCUGUCCGUCCUGCGCAACUUCAUCGAGCACAAUUGGAGCCCCGAGGGCGACGACGGCGAGGGCCCCCGCAUCCCCAUCCCCGACUCCACCAAGGAUCAGUUGCGACCCAAGCUGCUGGACCUGGCUUUGAGCAAUGAGGAUGAGCGUAAGGUCAAGGCUGCCGUAAGCUAUGUUGUCGGUAAGAUCGCUAAUGUCGACUUUCCGGAGCAAUGGCCGACCCUGCUACCAACCCUACUCGAGGUUAUCCCCACUGGCACAGACACCCAGUUGCAUGGCGCCCUGAAGGUGCUGGGAGACCUCGUGGAGGAGAGCCUGAGUGAGGACCAGUUCUUCUCCAUGGCACGCUCCAUUGUCGACGUGGUCUACCAUGUAGCGAUGAACGAGUCUCGAAAGCCCGCCCUCCGUGCCUUGGCCGUUUCAGUCUUCCGAGGCUGCUUCGAUCUAAUGGAUAUUGUCAAGGAUGAUCACCCGCAAGAAGUCAAGAGUUUUGCAGAAGAGGCCCUGAAGGGCUGGUUGCCCUUCUUUCAACAGGUUAUGAAGGUGCAGCUGCCUGAGAACACUGCCGGUUCGGAGUCACAGCCGGAGGUCUGGAACGGCGUUAUUGCUCUCAAGCUCCAGGUGGUCAAGACUCUGAUCAAGAUCAAGGGUGUUUUCCCCGCCCUUCUGCUGCCUCAGAGCUUGACCUUCUUCAGUGCUACCUGGGAGGAGCUAUCAAGUCUAAAGGGCGCAUACCAAGCCCAGUACAUUGACAAUGGGGCACAAGGAAGGCUAGAGGAUUCGGACGGCCUGCCAUACACGCUCGAUUUCUUAGUUCUAGAAGAGCUGGACUUCCUGAACCAAUGCCUGCGUGCUCCUCCUGUUCAGAAGGAGCUGGAAGCCCAGAUCAAUGCCCAAGCGCCGCAUGAGACACCCUGGAUGGUGGAUCUGAUGCAGCUUGUUGUUGCGUACUCCCGCAUCACGCAGGAGGAAGAGGAGCUCUGGGAAAUCGAUGUGUCGCUCUACCUCGCAGAGGAGACAUCUGUCACUGCCAAUUACACUGCUCGAACUGCAUGCGGUGAUCUCCUUAUCAAGCUUGGGGAGUGGCUCAACCAGCGGGCUCUAGAAGGACUCUUCGCUUACACGAAGGGCCUGUUUCCCGGUAAUGGAUCAGACUGGAGAAGCCAGGAGGCUUCCCUAUAUCUUUUUAACAUGUUGGUUGGCGACUUUCAGGACUUGGACAAGCCAGUCCCUGAAGUCAUUGCCCAAGCGUACAUGGAGCUUGUCAAUUUUGCAGUGAACAAGCCCGACGAAACCCUUCUGCGCGCACGGGGUUUCCUUGUGGCUGGAAUUUUAUCACACGGUUUCCCUCCGGCGAAUGCUCUGUUGGACCGGACUAUCGAGUCUAUCACUCGGGAUGACCAAGAACUUGUACAGGUCUCCUGUGUGAAGGCUGUUGAAGGGUUUGUCAAGUCGGGCAAUGCGCCUGCAGACCGCCAGCUGGCAAUCAUUCAAUCAAUCAAUGGCUUCCUUGACUCGAAGGACCUAACCGAUCUUGAGGAUGCCGACGAUCUCCUAGUAACCCUAGCCGAGUCUUUACGGGCCGCCAUCACCAUUGACCCACGUGUUACCAUUGCGUCGGAUAUCAAGUCUGUAGACUCUCUUUUCCUCAUCGCCAAGCAUGGUGCCUCGAACUUCCAGGUUACGAUGCUUGUCUGCGAGGCUUUCGAGGACCUGGUCGCGAAACUUUCAGAUUCGGCAUCUUAUGCGGCACUUUGUGCGAAGGUUCUCCCUACACUGACAGGUGCAUUCAAUGUUGCGGACAUGACGCAGGAUGACCCCCUUGUUACACUGGCUAGUGAGCUUCUAGUAGCUCUAGUGCAACACGGCUCAGAGCCGCUUCCCGCUGGCUUUGUCGCAGCAACUCUACCGAAGCUGAAGAGACUCUUGAUGGAGUCUCCUGAAGGCGAAGUCCUACGACCUGGCGCUGAGGCCCUGAAGUACAUGCUCAUGCAUGACCACCAUCAGGUCUUUGGCUGGCAUGACGAGAACGGCCAAUCUGGUCUAGAGGUCUGUCUUAUUAUCAUUGAUCGCCUCCUUGGACCUUCCAUUGAAGACAAUGCGGCAUCAGAGGUUGGUGGCCUUGCUGCUGAGCUUGUCGAAAAAGCCGGUCAAGAGCGCCUUGGUCCUUACCUGCUUAAGCUCCUGCAGGCUGUAGCAACUCGAUUAGCGUCUGCACAAGCUGCUCCUUUCAUCCAGUCUCUGAUCCUUGUCUUUGCACGGCUGUCCCUUGUUGGUGCCCAGGACGUUGUUCACUUCCUUAGUGGCAUUGAGAUCAAUAGUCAAAGUGGCCUACAAGUCGUUCUCAGCAAAUGGCUGGAAAACUCAAUCAACUUCGCAGGUUACGAUGAGAUUCGACAGAACGUCAUUGCACUAUCGAAACUCUACUCCCUAAACGAUGCGCGUCUCUCUCAGACCAUGGUGAAGGGAGACUUGAUUGUACCAACCAGUGAUAGAAUCAUGACUCGAUCACGGGCGAAGCAGAACCCUGACCAGUUUACCAUCAUCCCAGCCAACCUGAAGAUUCUCAAAGUUCUCAUUGAGGAGUUGCUCUCAGCUUCUGGUAUUCAGGGUGCAGCUAACGCUGCCGCUGCCGCAGCAGCCGAGUUUGCAGAUGUCGACGAGGACGAUGGAGACGAGGGUUGGGAAGAUGAGCCUGACACGCUUGACUUGUCUCUUGGCUCCACCAAGGCCGGACUUAUGUCACUGAUUGAGGGCUCCGGAUCCCGCCAGAGAGAUGAUGAGACACAGCAGUAUCUAACAGAGUUCUUCAUCCGAGCAGCCCGCGAGAACAUUGCCGACUUCAAGAACUGGUACGAGAUGCUCACGGACGAGGAGAAGACCAAGCUCAACGAGCUGGCGGCGCAGUAG